CUUAAGCUUUUCACUCUGGUUUUUCGCAUUGUGUCGGGAAGAGAAUUUUGGUGAUCUGUGAAUAUUUCCUUCGUCUGUAAAAAGAAUUAUAAAAUCCUAGCAAAAUGCAGGGAUUAACCAUGGCUAGCUUGAAGAAAAACCCGGCGCUUAUCCCGCUUUACGUAUGUAUUGCGUUGGGUUCGGCCGGAGCCGUUUUCUACACGCUUCGUUUGGCAUUGCGCAGCCCUGAAGUCACCUGGAGCCGUAAGAACAAUCCGGAGCCGUGGGAGGAAUUCAGGAACAAGCAGCAUAAGUUCUACUCUCCGGUCAGAGAUUACUCCAACAUUAGCAGCCCGGCACCGAAGUAUACCGACUAAGUUCAGCAACAACAUUGUCAGCUCUAGAAGCCGCCGGCUAGAAUGGGGAAAGGUAACGCAAUUCCUUAGCAUCAAUGUUGGUCGCGAACGGCCGGAUCCCCUUAGUAGUGCAGAUGUUUUUGCCAUUUGAGCAAACCGCCAGAAAGUCUCAAAGGAUAAUAGCUUGAUUGGAAAAAAUUGGAUCCUUAGCACAGCGAAAACUUUCCAUCGGAUGAACACCCUCCCAAAAGGAAAUUGGUGCUUAUUCUAGUUUGGUUGGCAUUACAACUUCUUAUUUGUAAAUACGGUCCAAUUCGUGUGGUAACCAGAAUGAAUUGCGCGGUUUAAUAAAGUCUGCUGAAUUUGACAUCCAGUCUGGA